AAGGUGUCUCAGGUCUCGGGGGCGGGAGGGGGUGGCGGAGAGGACAGGGAGAUUCCCCAGCGCUGGCUCUGAAAUCUGGGGCAGGCUUUCCUUUGCCUUACUGCCAACCCCAACUGUGCCUGGUAGGGUUUGUCCCUGGCAUCAAAGGUAGGAACAGCUAAGCCCUUAGACGUACCCCUGACGGUGAGAGCCCAGGAGUGGGCGUUUCACUUUUCCUGCGUUUGGGGAGUCCCUGAGGCUAUGCCCUUUGACCUUUGACAUGUGUGCAGCUUCUGCUUCUCCAGAUACAGAAAACAUGAAUCAAAGAGACCGAACAUUCAUGACAAUUCAGAGAAAUGAUAGCUCAGAUAAUCUGGUGUUCCGUAUGAAAAAUGAGAUGAGAAACACCAAGUACAAACCAGUAGACUAUCAACAAUUGCGUGCAUUAACUGAAGCAAAGAAAUUAGCUUCUGCCUCUGCAAAGCUAAAGAUCAGAAAAGCAAUGUUGACUUCAAAGAUAUCCAAAGAACAAACACUAAUAAAACAACACAAGCAAGUGUGGUGGCAGGAAUACCAGAGGCUGAAUGAAGUCAGAUGUAAAAUGGAAUCUGAAAUAAAAUCCCUUCUCAAUGAAGAGAACAUUGGAAAUGAAUGUCUUUGUGACCUUACAAAUUUUGAGCAAGAGCUAUCAGAACAACGGUGCACAUAUCUUAAAAAUGUAAUAAAUCCUAUUCAGCAGCUGAGAGCAGAUCUAAAAUACAGACAGCAUCACACUUUGCAGCAUUCACACCCACAUAUUGAGUUUAACUCUGUGAAAGCAUUGGAAGAGGUUGACUUUGUGAAGAAACAAUUGAAAACUGUCUUUGAAAGACUUAGCCUGGAGCAACAGAGAAUAGAAAAUGAUCUUUCAGACUGGAGUAUAAAGAUUCUAGAUCAUUCUUUGGAAGAAAAGACUAACCUGCUUAGUGAACUGCCCAUUGAAUUAGAAAGUUUGGAAUGCCCAUACCCUGAUUUGAAAUCUUCAAUUCUCAGUGAGUUCUGUAAGUUUACACAGAAAUAUCAAAAGAAGCUUCAAGACUUUAAUCUGCAGUUGGAAGACAUAUACAGAAACUGUCAACUAAGUGAAGAAGACCACUGGAUUUACCAGGCUAUUUUGGAUCAGUACCCUGGAGAUCUCUUUGGAAGAAGGACUCUGUAUCUGGACAUGUUACAAAGAUAUUUUCCUCACAAAUCUAGGCAUGAUUUGGUUGAACACGAGAAAUAUUGUGACCAAUAUCGCUUUGCUAUGGAGCAGCGAAAGAUCCUGAUAUCAAAUUGGAAUAAAAAUAGGAAAGACUUUAUACAGAAGGCUGUGCUGACACUCAUCGAGGCUUGUGCAACUCAUGAAAUGGAGAGCACAUUGGCUAAGGACAAGAAAAAGCAACAGGAAUUGUGUGCUGAUCUGAAAGCCAAGGAAAUGAUUCUAUUCAGAGAUAACCAAUAUCAUUAUUUGGUUCUUCAAUGGCGAACCCACCAGGAAGAGGUAGCAAGACUGGAAAUGGAAAUUUUUGCCAGAAGAAGAGAAAAGGAAGAGGAGAAAGAGAAACUGUGGAAGAAGAAGGAAUUGUUGCAAAGAGCAGAGAAGAAAAAAAAAAUUAAAAAAUACUGGGCUAAGAAAAAACAGAAGUGGCAAGAAAUGGAAAUGAGAGAUCUUCAGCGUCUAGAAGAACUGAAGAAAUUAAUGGCUGAACAGUCACUAAAAGAUAGAGAAAGGGUUAAAUAUAGACAAGAAUUAUUGGAAAGGCGUUUGAUGGAGAAAAAGGAAGCGGCCCUUCAAGAAGCUCGUGAAGACAAAGAGAGAGCACGGCGGCUAGAAGCCCUUAGGAAACAGGUUGCUGUUGUUGCUCAAUUUGAUCCUGUUAGAAUGAUGUCAGAUACAAUGGCAUCGAAAGCUAGGAUGGGCAUUGAAAUUGAAGAAGAAUUUAUUCUUCAAAAGCCACUCUUUACAUUGAAUACAUACAAUGAACAGCAGAUAAUUUCUGACCCUAGACUUCGCUUCGAGUUAGCGCUUCGAGAAGCUGGACUUCAUAGAACACUUUAUGCUAAAGAGAUAUUACCAAAAAUUAGUCCUCAAAAACCUCCAAGAAAGGACAUGGAGUCUACCGUAUUUAAAAUAUAGAGCUCAUCCUCAAAUUCCAUAUGUAAAGAGCAUUAUUCUUUGAAAACAUUUGUAUGGAUAAUAAUAAUUACUACUUCCUAAAAUAUUUGAAAUAUCAGACAUAGAAAUCAUAGCAUCUGUUAAAACAACUUUGCCUUUCUUUUGUGAUUCUUAGAAUUUUAUGCACUAUAUUUCCUGUAUCUUUAAGUUAUAUUUAAUAGUACUAAAUUCCCCCAAAUUAUGGAACUUAAUUAUGGCACAUAUAGUACUUAUACUAUAAUUUAGUAAACUGCAUGUUGGAGGUUGUGUUAUCCUAUAAAAAGAGCUCAAAAUAACUUUGUGAGAAUUAUAAAUUAUGUAGCUGCUACCUGCUAAUGUUCAUUUCUGCUUAUUUCAGAAUUUGACUUUUUAAUUAUGGAAGCUUCGUUAUCAUUAAUACUUCUAUUAUUUCUUGAUUAUUAUAAGAGGAGACUCAACCUUUCUCUAAAUUUAGAAACCAAUUUGGUACGCCAUGUUUACUGCAAACCAGUCAUCCAAACAAUUUCAUUUUGCAAAUUAGCCCUUAAGAAUAAAUUAGAAAUUAGAAAUAGCAUUUCAAGCAUGGGAAUAUCUGUUUUGGUUUGGAAAAAUAUAUAUUCGUGUGAUUGUUUAGAAGAAAUAUUUAAAAUUUCAUAGUAUUUGGAAUGCUGUCAAAAGUUCCAAAUUAUCUAUUAAAUAUUUAGAUGGUUUUAUAGAAAAGGAGCAUUUCAAAUAAAACUCAAACAUAAAUACUUGACUAUUUCUAAAAACUGAUUUUUCAAGCAGAAUAACAAGUUAGUGUUGUUGAAAGUUGCCGUUGUUACCGUUAAGAUUACCCCACUCCUUUUUCUCUCUAUUGUAGCUCCCUGACAUUUCCCACCUACCUCCCAGGGGUUGCAGCCUCCGUGCAAUUACUGGAAUAAUGUAAAAAAAAAAAAAAAAAAAGGCCAGUCCAACUAGUGGAAUCUUUGACUUUAUGAUUGUCCCCAACAUCAUAGAAAUAAAAAAUACAAGUACAGCCCGGUUAGAAUAAAUCUUCACAAAAGAUUCUAUGGGCAAUAUCCUUAUCUGCAUUCAAAAAUUCAUUCUAACCCCCUUUUUGUUGCCUCAUCAUGACAUUUCAUAAAAAGAGAGGAAGGAGUGUUUAACAAGAGCUAGGGAGAAGUGAGCAUUAGUGUUUAUCCUUACGGUAUCUUCCAGGGUUACAGUGUUCCUUUAUGGGUCCUCAGUUUGCUUGAUGUGACGCCACAGACAUAGACCCAAGAAAGCCCUGCCAUGUCCGAGCAUACCCUCUGUAAACAGCAUGACACAGAUAUUCCUCAGAGUCCACAGAUCCUUUCCAACAUCAACAUCCACACUGAUGUCCAGAGGAUCACACUCAAAUUCCAGCUGAAUAACAUCCCCUUUAUGUUUUCCCAACAGUCAGACUAGUAGCUGGUGAUAGUACUGUGAGGGGUAGCAGCACCAUUUUGAGAACAAUCGACUGACAUAUGGUGGUUCCUUGUAGACUCUGGGUAUUAGACCUUUGUCAGAUGGAUAGAUUGCAAAAAAUUUCUUCCAUUCUGUAGGUUCUCUAUUCACUCUGAUGAUAAUUUCUUUUACUGUACAGAAGCUCUUUCGUUUAAUUAGAUCCCAUUUGUCAAUUUUUGCUUUUGCUGCAAUUGCUUGUGGCAUUUUCAUCAUGAAAUCUUUGCCUGUGCCUUUAUCCUGAAUGGUAUUGCCUAGAUUUUCUUCUAGAGUUUUUAUGGUUUGGGGUUUUACAUUUACAUCUUUAAUCCAUCUUGAGUUCAUUUUUGUAUAAGGUGUAAGGAAGGAGUCCACUUUCAAUUUUCUGCAUAUGGCUAGCCAAUUCUCCAGGGACUAUUUAUUGAAUAAGGAAUCCUUUCCCCAUUUUUUUUCAUGUUUGUCAAAGAUCAGAUCUAACCAGCAUUUUUUUUUAAUGAAACAAAAUUGAAUAAAGAAAUCUGAAAUCCAAAUGGCUAAUGAACAUAUGAAAAGAUAGAAGUACCAAUUAAAGCCCCCAAUGAAUUACCAAUAUAUACCCACCAGAUGGGCAACAAUGUCAAGAAAUCUAACAAUAUCAAGUAGUGAUAAUAUAGAAUGAUGUGAAACACCUACUGGUAGUGGGAGUGUAAAUUGGAAGCAUUUGAACUUAUCUGAUAAGGUUGAAAGCAUUCAUACUCUUUGAUCCAGCAAUUCUACUGCUAGAUGGAUGCUCUUGAGAAGCUCCUGCAUGUGUAUAGGAGGACAUAAACUAGGAUUCCCAAAUGAAAACAAGCAGAAUGUUCAUCAACAGUAAAUAAAUAUAAAAAAUGUGGUGUAUUAAAAUACAAAUUGCAUCCAGCAAUGAAAAUGAAUAAAAUAGCAUCAUGGACAUAAUAUUUAGUGAAAGGAGCCAGAAACAAGAGCAUGCAUACUGUGUAGUAUUUUAUUUAUCUAAGGUACAAAAGCAGGGCAAACUAACCUAUAUUAUUUAGGGAUAUAUGCAUAAGUGGCAAAAUAAUAGAGAAAAAUAGAAUGAUUAAAAUUAAAAUCAAGGUUAUGGUUACCUCUCAGAGAUGCAGAGACAGUUGGGAGGAGGGGCUUCCAAGUUACUGAAAACGUUUUAUUGCUUAACCAGGGUAGUGAUUAUAGGAUCUGUCUAAUUAUUCUUUAAUGUUUACGUAAGUGUUUUAUUUAUAUACUAUAAUAGGUCAAUGCUAUGAAUUCCCAAUAAAAUGAAAAAAAAUUUAGAAAAUUAUGAAAACAAUCUUUUAGCAUAUAAGUGUACUGGAAAUAAUCUUAUUAGCCAUUUUCUGAUUUAAUAUCCUUAAUUUACAUGUAUUUCUGAGACAGGAAGGCCAGUCCCUACACAGGAGUCAUAUUUACCCUGACAUGGGAUAGGAUCCCCUUUAUUUUCCUCCUCCCCAACCCUUGUGCUCUGCUUCAAAAGUUGUGGCUCUUGCCAGUCUAGUUUACCUAGUAGGCUUGAAAAAGAAAGAAAAGAGAACAUAGCUAAUAGGAGUGAGCACUGGGCCAUGAAAGUUUAUUUCAAUUAUCUGUGUUUCUGUAUAAUGGGUCAUAAGAAAAAUAUAUUUAUUAGUGGGUAAUGGUCCAAAAAAAUUUAAAAACCACUACCCUCAAUCCCAUGGUUAAUAAAUGGGAUAUCCUGAUACAGCUCCACAUCUUUGAAGACGAUGGGCUUGUUUCAAACUGAAAGGAAAGAAUGUAAUCCAUCUGGUAGAAAUUCCCUUACCUCUCUACCACCAAAUCUGCAAAUACACCCAAAUGGGCAUUUACCUUUUGCACCCUCUAGCAGAGGGAGAAACCCUCCCUCUAUCAGAGAUCAAUGUUUCCAUGUGUGUUUUGGGUUUCAUCCCAUCUCAACUCUGCAAGAAUUUUUCUUUUUUGUUUAUGCUUUUUCUCUUCUGUAUCUUCAAGCUCUCUCUCAGCAUACAAAUAUGCUAGAAUAAACUCCACUUUAAAAAGAAAUCUCCAUUAACCCUGUAUUGUCCCUAGCUACCAGGCUGUAUCUCUGCUCCUCUUCUCAAGCAAACAUUUUUAAAGAGUUGCCAAUAGCCAUUAAAUGUCUCUUUUCAUCUUCCAGUUACUGUCACUCAUUUGAUUUAGCUUUGCCCUCAACUCCUCUGACACUGCUUUUAGCAAGGUCACCAAUGAACUGUGUGCUGGCAAAUUUGAUGACCACUUCUCAAUUUUCAUCUCACUGACUUCAUGACAACAUUUGAUUCAGUUGACAACUACCCCAUCCAGAGCAUGCUUUUCUCUUGGCUUCUAUGAUACCAGCCUGCUUCACCUCUUGCUUCUCUCGUCAUUCCUCAGUUCCUUUUCUGACUCCUCCAUCUCUAUCCAUCUCUAGAUGUUGAAGUGCUCCAGGAUUAGACCCUUUAACUCUAUCUUUUUAAUUGUAUUAUCCAAGGGAACAUCCUUCAAUGCUGUACUUUGGUUUUAGCUUUAAAUUAUGUCUUUUGAGUGUUUUUUAAUCUACAGGCUUUCCCCCUCCAUCCAUUUUCCCUGUUUGCAUUUUAUUUAUUGAAGAAACAAAGAAAUUUAUAUGCAGAAUUCCCUAUGCUGGAUUUUGUUGACUUUAUCUUUUUGAUGUAUUAACAGUUUAAUGUAUUCCUCUCUCCUUUGUUCUUUGUGUUUGCCAUAAAUUGGGAGUUGACUCAGAGGCUUUAUCAGACAUAAGAUUCAGGUCGUUCUCUUUUUUUCUUUUUUUCCAAGGCUACUUUAUUGUGGUGGUGUGUUCCCCCAGCAGGACAUGCAUAUUGUCUGAUGGAGCUUCUUUUUGCAAUUUUUGCUGCCACUAAUUCUCAAUGCCUAAGUCCAUUAAUUAGUUACAGAUUGCAUGGUAGAGAUAUAUUCAAAUUCAAUCACUCUUUCCUUUGUUACCUAGGAAAAUUACAUAAAGAAGAAAUUUUCCACUUCUGGUAUUUGAUAGUAUAGGAAGAGUAGGCUAAGUAAGUGUUUGAGUUUUUUUUUUAACCUAACAGUUUUACAAAUAAUGAAUUUAUUAUUUGACAUCCUGCAAAGGUGAUCAAUUUUGUUAUAUCUUUAUGAAGUUAUGAAUUUAAAUGUAUUUGAUCAUUUAAUCUAUUAAAGUGUUAUCAUUAUUGAUGCUCCAUUUAUUCCCCCUUUGCCCAAUGGAAACCUUUUCAGUUUGGCUUAUGAAUUCUAUUAGUAUAGCCUAAUAGACUUGGUAACUUCCUUGCUAUUCCAGUUAUAUAUUGCUAUGCAGUAAAACUUAGUGGUUCAAACUUCACUUUUAAAAAUUAUUUCUCAUGUUUCUAUGAGUCGACUGGGCUCUACUGGGUAGUUCUCACUUGGGGCCUAUAUUAAUUUCCUAUCACUGCUGUAACAAAUUACCACAAAUUUAAUGGUUUAAACAAUGUAAAUCUAUCUUAUAGUUUUGGGACGUCAGAAAUCAGAAUUGAAUCUCAUUGAGCUAAAAUCACAGUGUUGUCAGGGCUAUAUUCCUUUCUCAGGGCUCUAGGAGAUAAUCAGUUUCUUUGCCUUCUCCAGCUUCCAGAAGCUGCCUAUAGUCCUUAGCUCAUGCUGUCUUUCUUUUAUCUUCAAAGCUAGCAAUGGCAGGCCUAAUCCUUCUGACAUCCCAGCACUCCACACUCCUCUUUUGUCUCCCUCUUCUACUGUUCAGAACUCUUGGAAUCACAUUAAGCCCACUCUGAUAAUUCAGAAUAAUCUCCUUAUUUUAAGGUCAGGUGAUUGACAAUCAGAAUACCCUUUGCCAUGUAACAUAACAUUCACAGAUUAUGGAGAUUAGGAAAUUGACAUCUUUGGGAGACAUUCUCUGCCUACCAUGGGGUAUAUUAUAAAUUUGUAGUCAAUUGCUAGUUGAGGAUGUAGUCAUCCAAAAGCUCAACUUGGCUGAACGACCAAGAGGACUCACUUACCUGACUGGCAGUUGAUGCUGGCUGUUGGCU